AUGCCCGGGAGCGGGUGCAGACUUCUUAGCCCUUAUCUCGGAGGGAUAUCACGAGCCAUCAGAGGACAGAAGAUUUACAAGAGCUCAAUAAACGAGCAAGAGCAAAAGCCCUCCACUCAAAGUGACAACAGAAGGACAUGGGCCUCCAAAGCGGCUGCAGGGGUCUCGACCGGAACAAACAUUGAUGUACGUCGGCCCAUGACAAGACCGACGCCUCCCCAGAAUCAGAGCAAAGAAGACAAAAGGAUCAUGAUUCGGCUAGAUCGAGAACACGAAGCUCGCAAAGUAGACCCGUUUUUACCCUGCCAACAAGUUCAAAGGCUGAUCCCCGACCCAUCACUUGAAGUCGACGCAUUGCUGGUUCCGUCCGGCGUGGCAGUACUUGCCGCAUCGCCAGAAAAAGCAGCUAGUAUUUUACAGCAUAGUGAAGCCAUUGCUGCAAGAUUUGGGAAUGCUACGGUAGAAAGACAAGAGACUUGGACGACAUUUGUUGUCGCUCCUAUUCCAAAGAAAGUUAACAUAUUAGACGGAUCCUAUGGUCCACUUAAAGGGCUUUUACUAGAGGAGCCGGCGAUUCGAGCUAUAAAGGAUGCCACUCCUAUUCGACACAUAGCCUGGACGCGUCGGUCUACAGACUCUCUGAGCCCGUUUGGGCACAUCAGAAUUCAUGUUCCUGAGGCGAGGGCACAUAAAGUGCCAUCCCGGAUGCAGCUUUUCGGACAAGCAACAAGCGUCCAACGAGUUUCGAACAAGCAGCUAUUGCGCACCUGCACUAAAUGUUUUGGCUUCCACGCCACAAGAACCUGCGCCCGACAGUUUAAAUGCGCCGCUUGCGGAAUGGAUUCUCACGAAGGUCCAUACUCACGACAAAUACAGUGCCUAAAUUGCCGUGGGCCUCACGAAUCUACUGGUAUCUCAUGCCCGGCUCGUCCACGUAGAGAUCAUGGUGUAUUCGUUCGCCCAACAGAGGCACAGUUGCGACAUAUACGCGCCGCUGGACGCAGAGAGCUUGCCAAUACUUUGAGGUACACUCAGGAAUCGGCCAAGAGGGGUGCUGAGACCCUCACUGAACUCAACCCUACCCAUUAA